AUGGGUAGGUAUGCGCUUGCUAUUGGGGCUGGUGUGUUUGGAGCAUUUGCAUCAGUGUGUGGAAAGUUAGCAGCUCACCAAUCAAUACUACAUGAUGUUUGUGUAAAUAGGGGUAUGUACAUGCAAGGCAAUGGUGAAAUUUGCUGGACAAUCUCACUUCUAUUAAGGGCAGCGUUUGUAUUACUUACACUGGCUCUUAAUGGAGUAAUGUGGUCACUGUUUAUUGAAUCAAUGCAAACUCUUGCAACUUCUGAAGCUGUUGUGUUAAACACCGGUUCGAAUAUAUUGACAUCAGCAUUUAUUGGGAAAUUAUUAUUUGGUGAUAAAUUGUCGGUUAUAUGGUGGGCUGGGGCAACGUUAAUUGUGACUGGGAUGGCUGUUUUGCAUUCGAAACAAACAAAGGAACAUGAGGAAUAA